ACUAAUCACAAAGCUAUAGUUAAGAACAGAAGCAGAAUCAGAUCAGGAAGUUAAAGUCUACUUAGAGAUGAUUCCAGGCUGAUGGUGCAGAGUAAGAGAAGGUUGUCUUCCCUUAUUCUGGAUGGACUGAGAGGACACAGAGUAAUGAUAAAUUAGUUAAUAGAGAUGUAUAAACAAUAGCAAACUGAUUAAAAUUCAAAGUAAUACAGGGAAUGUUAAAGUUGCGCAUUUAAGUAAAGGUGUGUCUAUGAAAAAGGUGCCUUUAGCUGAACUUUAAAAACCCACUGAAUUCUAUCCGAUAUUAGAGUCUUGCUACUUAAGUGUGAGCUAAAAGCAAGAAAUUUUAAGAAGGACAUUUCUGAAACUGUAAUUAAAAUCUUGAAACUGACCUGUGACUGUUUGGAAGAGACUGUCUGGUGGUUGGUUCACUUUUUGUUGAUCAAACACAGACAUGAGUCAGGGCUUUCCCCUGGAACAAAACAAGCUUCAGGUUACUUUUAAAGGUCAUCUACUAUGGCCCAGCCUGGUGUGGGUCUACAUGGGACUGAUCUCUGCUUUCUUUACCUGGGAGGGCCUUCCCCAGGUGUGCCUUGCUGUGAUUGGAGGCUUCAUGGUGCAGCAGGUGAAACCUGAGAUGCUGGUAUCUGCACACCUGUGAGCUACGCCCAUCACUGUCCCUUCCUCUUUCAGUAUAAUGUGUGUGAGAGAGUGCAAUGGCAGCCGCAACUAUCUCUGUAGAUCAAGACGAGUUUUGCUGUCCUGUGUGCCUAGAGGUUCUGCGAGAUCCCGUGACCAUCCCGUGUGGACACAGCUACUGUCUGGACUGCAUUGAGGAUUACUGGAACACAGCGAAGCAGAAAGACCAGUACAGCUGCCCCCAGUGCAGGCAGGUGUUCAAUCCCAAACCCCUGCUGAGCAGGAACACCGUUCUGGCCGAAGUGGUGGAAAAGUUCCUGAAAAGUGAAGUUCAGUCUGCGGCCCAGCACCUUGCGAAACCCGAGGAGGUGAAAUGCAGCGUCUGUAAGGGCAGGAAGAACAGAGCUGUGGAAUCCUGUCCCCAGUGCCUGGAGUCUUUCUGCCUGGCUCACCUGAAAGGACACGAAGAGCGCUUUCACAGAAAAGGACACAAGCUGAUCCCAGCCACAGAUAGGCUGAAGGAGAAGCUGUGCCAACAGCACGAAAAGCUGCUGCGUCUGUACUGCCUCAAUGACCAGCAGUGUGUGUGCUCGCUGUGUGUUAAGGAGAGACACAAGGGCCACAACACGGUGCCGGUGGUGGAGGAGAGAAGCAAUCAGCAGAAAAAACUCAAAGAAACUUCUUUGAAGUCAGUACAGAAACUGAAGGAUGCAGAGAAGGAACUGAGAUACGCCAUAAGAUACAUGAAGCAUUCCACAGAGGCUGUGGUGGAGGAGAGUAAAAGGAUUUUCUCCAAGUUGAUUCGAUCCAUUGAGAAACAAAGCGGAGAGGUGAAGGAGAUGAUUAAAUCCCAGGAGAGACUGGUGGUUGGUCAGGCCGAGGAGAUGCUGGAGAAGAUCCAGAGGGAGUUGGCUGAGCACCGGAGGACCGAGGCUGAGCUGGAGAGGCUGUCUCGCACGGAGGACCACAUCCACUUCCUCCAGAAAUGCAAGUCUCUCCAUUUCCCUAUGAAGACUGUGGAGAUGCCCAACACUGAUGCCCUGACGUAUUUCAUGUAUAAAACAAUGAAAGACGGCCUGGGCGACCUGAAAGGAGGCCUGGAGGAAACACUUCAAAGGGAAUUCAGCAGAGUUUCUGAUAAAGCAUACUCGCUGAAGGAGAGCAUCAAUCCAAACAUCAGUGAAAAGACCAAAGCUAGAGACGCCGACAUUCCUUACACCACAGAACCGAGGAAAAGAACCGAUUUUCUCCAAUAUUACAACGACUUGACGUUGGACACGAACACAGCCAACUCCUACCUGAGCGUCUCCGACAGCCGGAGGUCAGUGACAACCCGCUCAGAGCCGCAGCCCUACCCCGACCACCCGGACCGCUUCACCAGCUGGGCCCAGGUGUUGUGCAGAGCAGGGAUAGCGGGCCGAUGUUACUGGGAGGUGGAGUGGGCUGGGAGUGGGGGGGUCUCAGUUGGCAUCUGCUACAAGAACAUGAACAGGAUUGGAGGAGGGAGCGACUGCAAACUGGGCCAUAACUCUAAAUCCUGGAGCUUAGACUGCAUCAACACCACCUGCUCGUUCCAGCACAACAAGGAAAGCGUUGCCAUCGUGACUCCCUGUGGGAGCCGGAUAGGAGUGUAUCUGGAUUUCAGGGCUGGGACGCUAACGUUCUAUAAUGUUUCUGAUUCAAUGAUUCUGCUCCACAAGGAGAAGACAACAUUCACCCAGCCAGUGUACCCGGUGUUUUGGGUCGGCUUGGGCUCUACACUGAAGGUGUGCUCUCUUUAAACUAGAAUCCUGCUUUAGUAGCACUUUAGAAGUUGUCUCGUAAAUAAUUAUAUA